AUGGCGCCGGCCCCGCCGCUCCACGCGGGGGCUGCAGUGAGCGUGCCCGCGCAGGGCGGCGCGGCCUUCGCAGCGGGGCGCGUCGUGGCCGACGCGGAGGGCGACGUCGUGUGCGUGGAGGUGGCAGCGGCCCUGGGCGCGGCCGCGCCGGGAGCACAGGCGGAGGUGCUCCGGGUGCCCAGGUCGCAGGUGCGCCCGCGGGCCCCCCUCGGCGACGAGGGCUGUGCAGACAACACGUCCCUCGUGCACCUGAACGACGCCUCGAUCCUGGAGAACCUGUCCCUGAGGCACCGCCGGGAUCAGAUCUACACGUACACCGCCAGCGUGCUCCUCGCCGUCAACCCGUACAGGCGCAUCGGCGGGCUGUACGGCGACGAGCAGUGCGCCCGCUACCGGGGCAGGCCCCUGGGUGCCCUGGCGCCGCACCCGUACGCCAUCGCGGAGGCGGCCCACCGCUCCCUGGUGCACGGGCAGAGGAGCCAGAGCCUGCUGAUCUCUGGCGAGUCCGGCGCUGGCAAGACGGAGACGGCCAAGAUCGUGACGGAGUACUUGGCCUACGCCUCGCGCCAGGCCGGGGGAGCGCGGCCGGAGCUGGCCUCGCACAUCCAGGCGCGGGUCGUGCAGGCGCAGCCCAUCCUCGAAUCCUUCGGCAACGCCAUCACCAUCUCGAGGAGCUACCACUGUUUCUACGAGAUGCUGGCGGGCCUCAGCGACCAGCGGCUCUCGGCGCUGGAGCUCUCCCGGCACCCCGAGGAGGGCAGCAUGCACGGGCAGUACCGCCUCCUGCACGCCGGGGGGCCGUCCGUCGGCGUCGAGGACCGCACGACCGCGCCAACUUCGCCCGGCUGGAGGCGGCGCUCCGGGCCGCGGGCCUCGGGGAGGAUCGGCCCUCGAGGGCACCGUGCGGCUGCUCGCGGGGCUCGUGCACCUCGGGGACGUCGCGGCGGGCGGGCGCGGAGGGGCGGCGGCCGGCGAGGAGGCGCCCGAGGCGGCGGCGGGGAGGGCCGUGCGCCUCGACGAGGAGCCGGACCCCCUCGAGUCGUGGCAGCUCGGGCUGGACCCGGACGAGCUGGCGGGGGCGCUGAAGCGCAAGAAGGUGAGGGUGCCUGGCAGGAGCUCCUUCCACGAGGUCCCGCGCACCGAGGCGCAGUUCCGCCAGGCCCUGCAGAGCCUGAUCAAGGCCCUCUACACGCGGCUGUUCGAGGGCAUCGUCCGCCAGAUCAACCAGUCCCUCCACGCGCCGGCAGCCCCAGCUGGCGGCGAGGCGAGGUGCGGGACGGGCGCCGCCGCCGUCGGCGGCGAAGACCUGCCGCACAUCGGCGUCCUCGACAUCUACGGCUUCGAACGCCUGGAGCACAACAGUUUCGAGCAGCUCUGCAUCAACACGGCCAACGAGAGGCUGCAGCAGCUGUUCGUGGAGCGGGCCAUGCGCGCAGAGCAGGCGUUGUACAGGCGCGAGGGCCUGCAGUGGCAGGAGCUGGAUCUGCCCGACGCGCAGCCCGUCGUCGACUGCAUCUCGCAGGUCUUCCACGUCCUGAACGACAGCGGGCAGCAGCAGGCCAGAGGCAUGGACACGGCCAGCGACGAGCGGUUCUGCCAGAACGCCCUGGAGGACUCCGGGGAGG